CUCUGGCAGAGACAAAGAGUGUGAGAACUGGUUUAGUCAGAGCCUGCAACCAGCUGAACUGGGUCUGCCCUAGGAUCAGUGGCAGCAACUCAGGAGAAGGAGAGAGGCCUGAUAGCUCUGAGGCAGACAGCCCUCGGAGCCGGUCAUGCUGGCCCAGAUACCCUGUUAAAUGCAACCCCCUGGGUUUGCUCUCCUCUCUAAUGAGACCUCUACAGGGCUGCAGGAGACAAGGCAUCAUACUGGGGAUCGUGACCCUCUGCCUGGCUGCUGGGUGGGCUCUACAGACCCAACGAGGAAUAUCUUUACUAGUCCCGCAACCCAACAUAAAUGCCACCGUGGCACAAAAUAUUCUCCUCUCUGUUGAAUAUUCUUGCAAAGGUAUAGUCUCCAUUGAGUGGAAGCAUGUGUCGAGUUGGGGCACCAACAAAAUUGUGGAGUGGAAACCAGGGAGUUAUACUAACAUAUCCAAAAGUUACAAGGACCGAGUGAACACUUAUGAAAACGGCUCUAUACAGCUUCUGAAUGUAGGCGUGAGAGAUGCUGGCUAUUACGUUGUCACCGUAACAGAAGAGUUGGGAACCAACAUCUACGGCACCAUCGUAUUAAGUGUCUAUGAGAUUAUCUAUGAAGAUUUACAUUUUGUAGCUGUCUUCUUUGCAUUUCUCACUGCUGUGUCUGCAGUUUUAGUCUGCUGCAUGUGGUUCUGUAAUAAAUCUGUGCAUCUAUUCCAGAAUAAGAGAGACAAGCUCAAAGCAAGAACAGCUGAAGAGAUAGAACUGCAAACCAUUGAGUGUUAGCCAAGAACAUUUCAUAACAAAUAACAUUUCUACCUCAAGAAAAAAUAAUGGUAAAGGAAAGGGGGGGAACCCACAAAAGGUAAAGUUUUUAUACAAUCUUUUUUUAACAUGACUGAUAUAGAAACUUCCUGACUUGCAAAUAAGACGUCAAUUGGAGAUGGAAUCAGAGCUGCAUGUAUGGAGCCUCUUGCAAGUGUGAAGAUUUCAGUUCUACCAUUUACACUGGACAAGGUCAAAGUGAACAGAAUGCUUACUUUGUUGAGCAUGGGGACUGUUUAUGGGCUAUAUCAUAAGAUCUUUAGCCUGUAUCUCUCUCAAAAAAACAAACCAACCAUGCUAGUUUGGCUACAUAAAACCGGGAAAUAUAAAGAGGACUUGGUUAGGGUCUUAAUGGACAUUUGUUUUGCUAAUGAGUAUCCCAGCUAGUGCAAGUUUCCCAUCACAAAUAGGCAGCAGACUAGACCUCAGCAUUCUUCAACAUGCUGCAAUUGUGCAUUAAUGUAUUAAAUUAUUAAUUUUAAAAUAAAUGAAGGACAGUAUACUGUAUACUGCAUAUUAUGCUGCUAUCUUCAGGCAAAAAGAAUUUGCUGAAGCCUCUGAAGACUAUUAUAAUUCAUCAUGAGACAAAAGUGAAUUUGAGCCAAAGACCCCAUGGUUGAAAUUCCAUCACUCAGUGUCUUUAUGAUUGUUUACAUUGUUUCAUGAUAUUAAUGCACACUUAACAUUCUUAUGGAAAGUUCUUAAACAAUGAACAAUGCAAAUGUACAGAAGGUGACACCAUCAAUAGACUAUGAUUAGAACAGUCAGAAAAGUUCUGGUAGGGUCAAAAAGUGACAUGGAAUUUAAUCCAGAGAGGUACAGAGCACCAUGGAUUCCACAAACUCAGGCCAGGGAAGGAUUGAGUCUAUCUUGUAUGGGAGAGCUGCUUAACAAGGUGGUGAUGUUUUUUCAGAAUUUAAGUUUUAAAUGACAGCAAAGCCUCCUUUGCUUUUAUUUUUUGUAAGCAAAUAUUAAAUGAACUAACGAAUACUGGUCUGUAACUGUGUGCUGCACUUAAGGUUAUUAUAUAGGUCUUCUGGGUGGAGUAAUAUUGGCUUUUUGAAACAGAAAGCACUAAAGUCUGUUUACUUAAGUAAGUUUGAAAGCAUUAAGCUAUAAAUUAUCUUGUUUUUGUAAAAAGAGAGGAAUACUAUAUUAUGAAAUAAACCUUGAAAAUGAGAC